GAGAGCGGCCGAGCCUUAGAGGGAUCAGGGUUGAAAGGGAAGGAGGUUAAUGGGAUCGCGGGUACGAAUGGAGAGGAUCCCUUGAAUGUGGAGAUCGGGCUGAAUGAAGAGGGAAUCCUUUGGUGGAAGAAGGAAGGAGGGAUCCCAGGAUGGGGGGCUGGGAUCGGCCUGUGAGUCUGUUUUGCCUCGGGGGGCUGUGGAAGGAAUCGUGGUGAGAUCAUGGAUGGUGAUGAAGAUUUGGAUCUGUUGGUCUCCCUCCUGGCGGAAAAUGAGGGAGCUGAAGAGGGGAAUUCUCCUGAGGAGGAAGAUACCUCGAAGACUGAGAAGGGAGAACCAGAUGAGUAUGAUGAGCUCUUUGAUGCAGAAGAUGAUGCAUCAUACACUGAGGAGGUGGACGCUGACAACAGCAUAAUUGAUGAGGAGAAGGAGAACCUGGCUGAGCUGUUUGGAGAUGUGGAUGACCUGCUGGAAGAAGAGGAGGCAGAAAACACUGUCACAGCUUCAGUUCCCAAUCAGGGGGAAGAGAAAACCAAUGAAGAAUUACAAGCUGAGCUGAGAAAACUACAAGAGCAGAUGAAGAUGUUGCAGGAGCAGCUGCAGAAGACGGCCAUUGGGCAGCAGUCCAGUUCAGGCCCUGGGCAGAAAGCCUCUGGUAAAUCUCUCUGUCCACCCUUAAAGGAAAGGAAAGCUCAGAAGCUGCAGGAGUCACCGUGUUUCUCAGCCCAGCUGGACAAUCCUUUACCAGCAGCCAAGAAAGGAAACCAGAAAUCAAAAGCCUCCCCAGCAGAGACCAAGACUCCUCCACCACGACAAGUCCUCAGUCUGGCAUUUCAGCCCCUCACAUCUGCCCCGGGGAACACACCCAAUAAGGUGCCCAGAGAGAAGACUCCUCACGUGUCAACAUGCUCCAGUACAACACAGCAACCCGUAUCUGUGGAAACCUUCUCAGGACUGAGAUUGAGAAAACCCCGGGUUUCAUCAGCUGAGAUGGACAGAAAAAUGGCUGGCAGGAAGCUGAUCCGACUGUCCCAACUGAAGCACAAACUUGCUACUGAAAAUCUAGAGGAAACAGACUGGGUAACAUUUGGAGUCAUAGUAAAGAAGGUCACUCCUCAGAGCACAAAUAACGGCAGAACCUUCAGCAUCUGGCGGCUGAACGACCUGCGUGAUCUCAAUCAGUGCGUCUCGCUCUUCUUGUUUGGUGAUGUCCACAAAGAACUCUGGAAGACAGAGCAAGGCACGGUCAUUGGGCUGCUCAAUGCCAAUCCUAUGAAACCUAAGGAAGGCUCAGAUGAGGUGUGUUUGUCUAUUGAUCACCCACAGAAGGUCCUGCUCAUGGGUGAAGCUCUGGACCUGGGCACCUGCAAAGCCAGGAAGAAGAAUGGCGAUCCCUGCGCACAGAUUGUGAACCUGAACGACUGUGAGUACUGUCAGUAUCACAUCCAAUCCCAGUACAAGAAGCUCAGCUCAAGGAGGGCAGAUCUGCAAUCUACCUUCUCUGGUGGCCGCAUUCCCAAAAAGUUUAGUCGGAAAAAUCCCAGUUUGAAGGAGAGGUUGUGCCAGGAUGGAUUUCACUACGGAGGAGUCUCUUCAACAGCGUAUGCAGCUUCAAUGGCAGCUGCUGCAGUGCCAAAAAGGAAGGUUCAGACCACUCUCUCCAAUAUGGUCGUGAGAGGAGCUGAUGCAAUUGUCCAGGAAACCAGACAGAAAAUUGGUGCAGGAAAGAGACCUAUGUCAUGUUCUGAGGAAUUCAAGGAACUGCUGGCACAGCCAACAUUUGGAGCACGAAACCUCUGCAAGCACUGGACCAAAGCAGAUGCUGGAAAGAAGCAAGAGGCCGGUUUCCAGUCUAUCUCUGCAUCAGCAUUGCUCAAGCAACAGAAACAGAAAUUGCUGGAGGCCAGGAAAAAGCGAUCUGAAGAGAUUCAGAGACGGUUUCUCCAGAACACAAGUAAAGCUGGCAGCCCCGCUCUCCCAUCCACCUCCAAGCAGCCUUCACUCCUGUCCCCAAAACCCGGGGCAGAAUUCCCCAAAGCUGCAAAAAUGUCCGUUCCUCCAAGGCCCAGGCUGGGCACAGGCUUCUCAGAGGGAGAAGACAUCCUUUUCUUUGAUGAUGGGUCUCCACCUCCAACACCAAAGCUGGACAGCUUGGCAGAAGCCAAAAAGCUGGCUGCGAUACACCGACUACGAGCAAAAGGCCACAUUCUUGCUAAAACCGAUCCAAACAGCAUCAAGAGGAAAAGAGCCGAUCUUGAUGGUGUCCUAGAAAUCGCUGAAAGAGUUGAGAAAAAUGUUGCUCAGUCACAGAAAGCAGAAGCAGAGAAUGGUGUGGAUGAACAGGAGCCUGCCCAGAAGAAAAGACGUGAGCAAUUGGCCUAUCUGGAGUCAGAAGAGUUCCAGAAGAUCCUCAAUGCCAAAUCCAAGCACACGAGUGUCCUGAAAGAGGCUGAAGCUGAGCUACAAGAACAAUACUUUCAGCCGCUGGUGAAAAAAGAAGAAAUGGAAGAGAAGAUGAGGAGCAUUAAGGAAGUGAAGUGUCGAGUGGUGACAUGUAAAACGUGUAAUUACACCUACUUCAAGCCUCUGGAAACCUGUGUGCAGGAUAACCACGACUACCACUGGCACGAUGGCAUCAAGAGGUUUUUCAAAUGUCCUUGUGGCAACCGAGCUAUUGCCCUUGACAGGCUCCCAAAAAAGCCCUGCAGUACCUGUGGCCUCUUCAAGUGGGAGCGAGACGGGAUGCUGAAGGAGAAAAAAGGGCCGAAGAUCGGUGGAGAAACACUUUUACCGAGAGGGGAAGAACAACCAAAAUUCCUCAAUAGCCUGAAGUGACCUGAAUUCUGUGUCCAACCCACACAUUUAUUUACUGGAACGCCAGGAGGAUUCUGGCUUUAGGGAUGAAUGAGCAGAGAAAUGAAUUCCUUGUGAGAAGGACAUCCACAGAGUCUUCGCCAAACCACUGCAUGGAUACCCAGCUUUGAUCUUAAGAGUGACUGAAUAAGGCUGCAUGCGAAAUACACAUUCGUGUCUGCUCUUCCUUAGUAACAACUCCCACUUUGGAAAGGUGUUUUAAUGAAUCUGGCAUUGCUUUGUGAGCACUUUUAAAGAGCGGAGUGACUACAUUUCAUAGCUUUUACCCUUAUUUCUAUCUCUUAAAAUCCUUCCCUGUUAUUACCAUGCAGACUUCUGAUGCUGGCACAGCUUCCAGGAGGCCAGGAGCUGUCUGAGAUGAAGCAAGAGCAGAUGGCUCAGCAGGAAGGCUGUUGCCUCUGACUUGUGCUCAGUAGGUGUUUUUAGGUACCUGAAAUCACCAGCUCUAUGUGCUGGUGAAACAGCCACAAUCUCCCAUCCCAGUGGUCCCAUCAAUACCUCUUUUAUUUGCUUGCACAAGGGCUGCAAGUAAGUGACUAUUUUAAGCAUCUAUACACCAGCUGACCUCCAUACUCUGCAGCCCUCCAUCUCCAGGUGGUGCUUUUGCUGGGCAGGUUUGCUCAGCACAUUACAUUCAUUUCAGUCUCGUUUUUGUACUGUUUGUUGUGGGGCAGGGGGCUGUCACUGUGAUCAGUGAUUGCAAACAUGGAACUGUGACGCUGCUUGUUAAUGUCUCCAUGACUCAGAAUAAACUCUGUGCAAUAGAGUGCA